AUGUCACUGAAGUCACUCACAAUGAUUUCAAGCUGUCAAUCUACUAAACCGAUAACGAGAUACCAGACCGGCUCUGAUACCAUCAUUCUAACCAAACCGGGACUCCAACACUUCAUAUGCGGAUCUCCUAGUCACUGCGACUUGGGACAGAAGCUUCAAAUCCAUGUCUUACCGGCCUCAUUAGGACCCGUCGCUGUUCCGGUUCCUGGACCGGUCCGAUCACCAAGCUCUUCUUCGUCACCUUCACCGUUGGCUGAUUCACCGGUUAACAGUGCUCCACAUCAGUAUCAGAUGGGACCGUCACCAGCUCCACUUAGCGCAGCUUCAAAGUCUAGUGUUUGGAUUGGACUCUGCGUCCUUCCUAUACUUUCUCUUUUCAUAUUAGUUUGA